GCGGGGCGGGUAAAUAGUGGCACCGCGCACCCGCUUCGCGUAAGAUGGCGGCGGCCGGAGCGGCGGAGCUGUGAGCGGGGUGCGCGGCAGGCGGACGCGCGCUCGCCCCUCCUUCCCCUCCACCACCACCACCUCUAUGUUGCGGCUAUUGCCGCGGGCCGCGGAGCUGUGGUGAGGGGGAAGCCCGAGCCUGCGCGUCUCGGCGCCGGCCGGUUGGUCGGUGGCAGGAGCGGGUAGCGCUGGUGGCAGCCGCGGGCGCGGAGCGGUGCCGCCUCAGGUGGAGCCCGUCACUCCCGUCCUUUCGGCAGAAGGAGGCUGCGGCUGCUGUGGGCGGGGGCUGCUUCGGCUUUUCCCUGCUCGGUAGUGGCUGCGGCUCCAAGGGUCUCCAUGUCGGACAACCAGAGCUGGAAUUCCUCCGGCUCCGAGGAGGACCCCGAGACCGAGCUCGGGCUGCCUGUUGAGCUCUGCGGGGUGCUCAGCAAGUGGACCAACUACAUUCAUGGGUGGCAGGAUCGAUGGGUAGUUCUGAAAAGCAACACACUCAGUUAUUACAAGUCUGAAGAUGAAACGGAGUAUGGCUGCAGAGGCUCUAUCUGUCUGAGCAAGGCUGUGAUUACACCCCAUGACUUUGACGAAUGCAGAUUUGAUAUUAGCGUAAACGAUAGUGUUUGGUACCUCCGGGCUCAGGACCCAGACCACAGACAACAGUGGGUAGAUGCAAUAGAACAACACAAGACUGAAUCUGGCUAUGGAUCAGAGUCAAGUUUACGACGCCAUGGCUCCAUGGUGUCUCUUGUUUCUGGAGCAAGUGGAUACUCUGCAACAUCCACCUCUUCGUUCAAGAAGGGCCAUAGCUUACGUGAGAAGCUUGCAGAAAUGGAAACCUUUAGAGACAUCUUGUGUAGACAAGUUGAUACUUUACAGAAAUACUUUGAUGCCUGUGCAGAUGCGGUUUCCAAAGAUGAACUCCAGAGGGAUAAAGUGGUAGAAGAUGAUGAAGAUGAUUUCCCUACAAUGCGUUCAGAUGGGGAUUUUUUACAUAACAGUAACAACAGUAAGGAAAAAUUGUUUCCGCAUGUGACACCCAAAGGAAUUAAUGGCAUAGACUUUAAAGGAGAAGCUAUAACUUUCAAGGCAACUACUGCUGGAAUCCUUGCUACACUCUCUCAUUGUAUUGAACUCAUGGUAAAACGUGAAGAAAGCUGGCAAAAAAGGCUAGAUAAGGAGACAGAGAAAAGGAGAAGAAUUGAAGAAGCAUACAAAAAUGCUGUGACAGAACUGAAGAAGAAGUCCCACUUUGGAGGGCCAGACUAUGAGGAGGGUCCUAAUAGUCUGAUUAAUGAAGAAGAAUUCUUUGAUGCUGUUGAAGCUGCUCUCGAUAGACAGGAUAAAAUGGAAGAACAGUCCCAAAGUGAAAAGGUCAGAUUACACUGGCCAACAUCCUUACCUUCUGGAGAUGCGUAUUCUGCUGUGGGGACUCAUAGAUUUGUCCAAAAGCCCUAUAGUCGCUCUUCCUCCAUGUCUUCCAUUGAUCUAGUCAGUGCCUCUGAUGAUGUUCACAGAUUCAGCGCCCAGGUGGAAGAGAUGGUACAAAACCAUAUGACAUAUUCCUUGCAAGAUGUAGGAGGAGAUGCCAAUUGGCAGCUAGUGGUAGAAGAAGGAGAAAUGAAGGUAUACAGAAGAGAGGUGGAAGAGAAUGGAAUAGUUUUAGAUCCAUUGAAAGCAACCCAUGCUGUUAAAGGGGUAACAGGGCAUGAAGUUUGCCACUACUUCUGGAAUGUUGAUGUUCGUAAUGACUGGGAAACAACAAUUGAAAAUUUCCAUGUUGUGGAAAAUUUAGCUGAUAAUGCAAUCAUCAUUUACCAGACACAUAAGAGGGUGUGGCCAGCUUCUCAAAGGGAUGUGCUGUAUUUGUCUGCCAUCAGAAAGAUACCAGCAUUCAGUGAAAAUGAUCCUGAAACAUGGAUUGUGUGCAAUUUCUCUGUGGAACAUGACAGUGCUCCUCUGAACAAUCGCUGUGUCCGUGCCAAAAUAAAUAUUGCUAUGAUUUGUCAGACAUUAGUAAGCCCACCGGAGGGGAACAAGGAAAUAAGCAGGGACAACAUCCUAUGCAAGAUUACAUAUGUAGCUAAUGUGAACCCAGGAGGAUGGGCGCCAGCAUCAGUGUUACGGGCAGUGGCAAAACGAGAAUAUCCAAAAUUCUUGAAGCGUUUUACAUCAUAUGUGCAAGAGAAAACAGCAGGAAAGCCUAUUUUAUUCUAGAGUUAGCAGUGAUCAGAACAAGACUGGGUGAGCAUUCCACGUUGGAGAAGUGAUCAUGCAUCAAGCACUCCAUGCUGGAAAGAAGGAUCUACAGUCUUUUUAUGGCCCGAGUUCUAGGCUUUGUGUACUGAAGUGAAGAAGUGUUGCAACACCAUGAGGCUGAAUAUUUAACACUAGUUCUCUCCUGCUAACUUUUCUUGCUGAGUCAGUGUGUAAUUAUAAAUACAUGUAUUGAUAACAUGUAUAUGGCUCUAUUUUUAUUUGCUUGCUUUAGAAGAGGAAGAACGUGUACAACUCUGAAUCACCAAUGUGGGUUACUGCUUAAAUUUUAAACAAGUUGCAGAGUUUCACUGUCAGCCUUCCUAAGAUACUCACAGUUUUUGUGCAUGUCUAAAAAGCACAAAAGAAAAAUGCACAUAUAGCAUACUGUAUGUGCUUUAUAUGCACAAAAAUCUGUGUGGUAUUUUCAAGGGGGGAGGGAAGGACUUCAGUAAAGCCUAGGUGACUUACUGGCAGGUUUUGUUUUGCUUUGUAUAAUCAUAAUUUGUUGCUGCUGGUUUCUAUAAUGAAUCAUCUUGUUACAUAAAAUGUCAGUUAAUAACUGAGGGCUGUCAAUAUCCUUAUGACUUUGCCUUUUCUAUUAUCUUACUCUUAUGACGAUCUUUGGUUCUGAGGGAGUAAGAGCGUGAAAAGCUUUAUUUUUUUCCAGAUAUCUUUAUAUUUCUAUUGUAUUUUUUAGUUAUGUAAUAUGUGCUACAGAAUUUUUGUUAUUAAACAUAAUCCAGAAAUAUCUAAGAAGAUUCUGUAUGAGAGGGCAAGGGACUGCCUGAAAGCCAGAAGUCAUCUGUCCAUGCUAUAAUGUGGACUGCUUUCUUGCAUGAUAUCCAGGGCUUUCCCAAAACUAUGAGAAGGUACACUAUAAUAUAUAUUGAAGUAAUUUGGACUACAGAAGACAACAUUCCCAGUCCAGAAUGAAGAUGAGUACAUUAUUUUCAGAUCCUGCAUGUGUUUUCCACAUCUUAAUGAAGCCAUGCUAUGAGGUUCAUGUAGAAGAUGUUUUGCCUCUUAAUCAAAAAAACAUCAGAGCUAUAAGUUCUUACUGGAAAGUUCCCUUUAGUUGCUGUGGAAAUCUAAGUGUCAGAUAUCUGCCUGCCUUUGAUUCUGGAGGUGCUUAUUAGGUGAGGACUCUGGUAGACUGGUACUGACUCUGAGGUCUUUUACCCAUGUCCCAUAGUUGGAAACUUCAGAGACUGCUCAGUGUUUCACUAACCUGUUUCUCGAGAAAAGAGUUUCAGAUAUAUUUUUUCCAAAAGAAAGCUGAAAAUCUUAUUUGAUAUAGUAUGGUAGGUGCCUGAAAAUAAAUAUAAUAUAGUAACAAUGAAGAUUGGGCAAAUGAUUAAAUGUGAUCUGCACAGUGUUGAAAAACAUCUAGAGUUGAAAUCGUACAUAACACAUGAUUACAAAUGCAUGCAGAUUUCAUGCUCCAUAACUCUUCCCUGUUUAUUUGCCUUUCUCUAUUGGUGUGCAUGGAAUAUGCCUUAUUACAGAGUUAUUCUGUUAAUUUGAUUAUGUAGAAAAGUGCCUAUAUGGUAAUGCUAGUAAGGCAAGUAAGAUGAAAAUUUGUACAUGUUUACUGUAUCACCAGUGAGCAUUUUAUAUAGUGACGUUAAAAAAAAAAAAAAAACAAAACUUAUACCUCAAAUGCACUUCAUCUUUUUACAAUCAACCAAGCAAUGGUUCAUUCUACCAUAGCCACUGAUGGGAACUUUAAAAAAACAAAACAAAAACAAACCAUCCAAAAUAUAAAGAGUUUAACUCCUUAUUUGCCACUUCUGGUAAUUGUUGGAACACAGGUGAGUUUAUUAAUUUAAUUGGAUAGCUUUAUUUUACAAAGGUAUGGAAAGUUUACAAAGCAGUAUAUAAACUUAUAUCAUUAGUUGCAUUUGCACUAAAUGUGAUGUACUUUUGCGAUUUAUUCUGUAAAUAAAAUUACACUACAGAUACUAUUUGUAAAGAAUACAUUUUACUUUUAGAUAAAGGCACUGCUACUUCAGUACAGCUAGCCCUGCCCAAUCAGAGUUGCAAGAGGCUUCUUAAAGAGUAUGGAAGGAGUUGCAAGAUUGAGAAACUGGUAUUAAUUGACCUCUUUAAAAACAAAUGAAAAAAAAGCAGUUCUCCACAGGCCUCUCAGAUUGUCUGUGUGAAAGCAGCCAUUAGAUCCUUUUUUCUGGAAGUGACCUUGCUUUUACGGUUUUAUAGAAUUGGCCAUGUUCCUUGAGGCCAUCCCUCUUUUCAGUCACUGCCAUGCUAUCUGUGUGCUCUGAGCUCACUUCUUCCUGUUAACAGAUGGGUAGAUUUAUAGAGCUGCAGUGGUCUUUGCAGAAGCACCUCCUGGCUCUAGAAUGGAUGUUCUUACAAGCUGAACCAGAUUGAAGGGCUGAGAACGAAGCAGUCUUUGCUGUCAGAUAUCUCUCUCUGAUUAUCUGUGCCAGUUUGGAGAAUUUGGUUGUUGCCAAACUAGAUCUGAAGGAAGUGACUUGAUAAACUCACAUUGGGAUUGAGGGUGAGAUGGUCAUUGUUAUUCUGUCUGAGAACCUGAACAUCUUAUUUUGACAAAUUUAUCUGUGAAAAAUGUGAUGCACUUUGGGGAAAAAAAUUACUUUUUACUUAAUUGGGCUGAGCUGGCUUAUAUGAAGUUGUGCAGAUUCUCUAAUCAGAUUGUCCACCUGUAUUUUUGUCAAGUUGUACAGAUAACACUGUAUUUGAAUUACCGCUGUUCAUCUACAGACUUAAAACAUGAAUCAUAUUUUUGAGUACCUGGAGUGUUUAGAGUGUAACUGUUCUAUAAUAGCUUUAUGAUCCUAAUGAUAAGUUUUAAAAAUUAAAAGAAGUUGGCUCUUCCAUGUUACAAUCACAAAUUUAAAAUCAAGUAUUUAAAAGUGAAAAGUAUUAAAAAUGAUGAAGAAAAAUCCUGGUUUGUAGUUAUUUUUAACUUUCAGUGCUUUGGAGAAACUUAUUUAAAGCAUUUUACCUUUUAACCAAUUUUACAUCAUGGAUAAACAUAUAUACAGCAUUAGAACAUAUGGAAGACAUUUAACAGGAAAGCUGUUUGCUUGUAUUACUGAGGCUACUGAAAUUGAAACCAGAAUGCCAUGUUAGUUUAUAUAUCAGAAAGCUCAUUUUGUGCUAGCCUAUCAGAGGCAUGUUAAAAGAUGUUCCUGUACAGUAUAGUCUUAAUAUAGAAGAGCACUUCCAAAGUAUUUCAGCUCUUGUCUUCAUUUGUGCAGAAUUAACAGCAUUAUGGAAGUUUCUGUGGGAAAAACAGAGAUCCAGCACUGAGCAGUGCCCAGAGGGUAAACUUGUGGCUUUUUCUGAAGUAUGAAGAAUUGUUAAGAAUUGAGAUGAGCUUCCGUAGAGCAAGAUUUCUUAAUAGCAGAAAUAGCUGGUGCCAGUAACAAUCCUGCCUUUACCUGUUAUGCAGGGAUUUCUACUUUUUAUAUAUUAAUCAAUACGUUGUAGAAACCUUACAAGUAUGCAAGAUUGGAAGAACAGUUUGAAAUAGCAGAAGGCAUUACUUGCACAGAAAAAAAAAAAACUAACUUAAGCUCAGCUGCAUCAGGCCUUGGGUAAUAUAUUGCAACAAAUACGGAGUCCUGAGGGUAAGCCCUGCCUGUGAAGAAUGCAGCUACUUUAUCUGACAAAAAGAAACCCCUCAAAAUAAAAUAAAAAGAAUACAUCUGCAUUCUUGGUCCCAUAAAUUAUGCUUGUAACUUAAAAAAAUGUGUCUUUUCCAGUAAGGAGAGGUUGAGCAUUUCUGUAGCUGUAUAACUACAAUACAACCUCACCGUAGAUAUAAUGAAUGGUAAUUAGUUAGGGUUAUGCCAUGCAAUUUACCAGUGUGUAUUACUAAUUGUAUUGCUGUUUUCUUAGUCUCCAGCUAUAAAAGCUAAGUUUCAUAGGAGGAGAAAAGUGUAUUUCAUUAGAUAAAAGAAAGGAAUGCACUUGGAGCAUUGGGUGCCUGCAAGUGUCCCAUUUUUCUUCAGCUGUAACCACUGAUGUAGUCAGCUUUUUUCUCUGCACACCUGCCUCUUCUAUGCAUACACUACAGCUAGAAUAAGCAAGACUGGUAAUGUGGAAUGAUGCAGUUUUUAAGGUUUAAACUAGUUUUCCUUAGAACUAUUCUAAAUAAUCAUUUUUAUUUUGGGGAACAGACCAAGCAAUAGUCAGAUCAAUUGUCAUCUAAAGUGCAAAAACUUCAAUUAUGAACUUUCCAUUUAGUCUUCUUUCGCUUGAGCUGGUCUGCCUGAAAUUCCAUGUGGGAUUUUCCCCUCUGUCACCAUUAGAUUAACACCAACGCUCUCCAAUUUGCUUGCCCCUCCACUUGGUAAUUCACCUUCCAAGUUUCUAAGUGAGUUCCUUCCAGAUGCAAUGGGAAGGAGCUGCCUACCUGCUGUUUCUAUGUGGCUUUGUACUACAACUACCAACCCUUGGAAAAGCUGGUGUGCAACGUUCAGCUUUUCUGAUCCAUCUGACUUUUUUCUAAAAUCUCCUGUCACAAGAGACAAGCCAUGGAUCACGGCAGUCAGUGGCAAACAAUUCCUAACCAAGGGUUACGGUGGCAGGAUAUGACAACAGCCCUGAGGAUUCCCACCCGCUGGGGUGGGACCGCGGCUGAAUCACUGAGCAACCUGACAAGUUCAGCUCCCGGGCACAGGCAGAGCUUUGGGACCUACCCUUCACCCCCGGGAAGUUGUAAGCCUUGAAGCCUGUAACAGUAUGACACAGAAUUCCAGAAGCCCAGGAUGGUGUGCUGUCUGACGAUGGGAGCGAGUCAUGCCUGAGUAUGAACAAAAGAAUUGUAGGUGUUUCUGUACCCCUCAGAAAAUAUUUCCAGUGUAGGUCACACAGGUCACCUCAUUGCUUGCACCCUGUUGGAAACCAUCACUAUUGUAUUCAAUGAACAGCGUUCUCCAGCCGCUGUCAAGUUCUCGGUUGUCCCCAUGCCCCAUACAUAGAGCCUGCAUCGGUGGAACGCUUGAGACACUGCACUGGGUGAGCGCUAAUCCAGUUGUCAUGGCUUGUCCAAAUUUCAGUGUUGAAAACGUAGCUGUUAACUUAAAAGGCUUUUUUUUGAUUUUUUUGAAGCUUUUUGUGGGAGUGGUCUUUGCCUUUAGUUGUUAUGUAGAGUUGUGUGGUGCAAAAGGGAGUAUCUCUGACAGGUUGGUACAUUUUAGUAAUGGUUUGUAAAGCGGCUGCCUUCUGUAAAGAACUCGAGAAAUUUAAAUACAAUUCUGUACCUUUGUUGUUUUUCCCAACCUUUUUUUGCUUAUGCCAUACUUGAAAACUCUCAAACCUAAUUCAAAUAUCAUUGAAAUAUAAGGAGGGUAACUAACCAUCCUACUACCAAGAGAGGUGCUAAAAAAAAUCAUCACUAGUUCAAUUAGCAGCUAUACGAUGCUCUUUAUUGUUUAAUGUGUUUAUUUUCAAUAUUGCUGCUGGGUGUGAGAAGUCUAAUAAUAAAAACCCCAUGAAAUUUACUGCUUUCUCAUUGAGAUUGACAUACCCAACUUCAGUCCAAAAGAUGGAACAGCAUUAAAGGAUUUGAAAACCUCUUGCAAUUGUAAUAUUGCUAAAUUUUUUUCCAAUUAUCACUUAUUCUACUGGAAUUGUAUCAAGAACAGUUGAUACACUAUAAGUAAAUCACUAUAAAGUAUCUUGUGUCCUAGCUGUUCCUGU